AUGUUAAUCACAACUUUUGAUGGUGGUCGCAAUAACCUUUGUGGUCACAAUAACCUUUGUGGUCACAAUAACCUUUGUGGUCAUAAUAACCUUUGUGAUCAUAAUAACCUUUGUGAUCAUAAUAACCUUUGUGGUUGUAAUAACCUUUGUGAUCAUAAUAACCUUUGUGAUU